AUGACUUGCACAAUCCCAACAAAGGAAAUUUUAAAAGAAAUUAUUUCAAGUUAUGAAUCUGGGGAGAGUGGAGACGAGAAUAUAUUGGAUAAAGUCAACUCCAUCUUGUUUAGACUAUCUGCAACUGCGAAUACUUCCGAUACACACGAGCAUCACAGCGAACUCAGUUUAAAUAGGUUGAGAUAUCUUAUAGUCUAUUAUCUUCAUCCAGAAUUCAUCUACAGUUCUAAAUUUGGCAGUGUGGAUUUCAGACAAUCGAAUCUAUCGAAAUGCCUCAAUCUAUACACUCAAUUCACAGAAUUGUUAGAUUCAAUUGGUUUUGAUGGUAUCACUAUACACGGUGACUCCAAAGAUCCUUCCACUCAGCGUGAUUUAAAGAUUCAGCGUUUUAAACAGCACAAACGGUUGGAAUCUGAGGUUUUGGAGUAUAAAGAGUUGUUAGAAGAUAAGCCUGAUAGUGGCUUGUUUCAUACCACCUUUAAUUCAUCUUCUCCCGCUCAGUCCACCAACCACAAGGACAGUGACGACGACGACGAUGACGACGACGAUAUCCUCCGCGAAUACCUCAUCAGACUCCUUAAAUACCUCUAUUCGCUAUCGCAAUCUCAAAUCCAUUCUAUCCAUGCUGAAUUAGACCUCCUCAGCAACGUCAACAGCAACAGCACAACCGACACACGCACACGCACACAAACCCCUGCAAACGAUUCGACAUGGAGAUUGGACAGUGCAGUUAAUGCACCCGCCAACAACCUCCUCGACAAAGAAGGCAGACCUACGCGACCAUUCACGAUAAUGCCGCGCGGUACACACACUACACGACAGCAGAUGGCAGAUGGCGUGUUUCAACCCAGCCACCGUCUUCCUACAAUGACCAUUGACGAGUAUCUCCAAGACGAGCAGGCUCGGGGGAAUGUUAUACAGGGGGGUGGACCUGCGAGUGAGAAUCAACCAACUAGCAAGGAACAGCUCCAGCUAGACACUGAGCUCGAUGGCACUCUCUUUGCUCAGCGUGCUCAGGAUCAGCAGCGCGCUGACACGGAGAAUUGGGCAAGGUAUACCGAGGAGGUGGAGAAGGGAAGUGGCAAUACUAUGGCCAAUAAUGGGUAG